AUGGGUUGUUGUGGCUGUGGUGGCUGCGGUGGCUGCGGUGGCUGCGGCUGCGGUGGCUGUGGAGGCUGCGGCUGCGGUGGCUGCGGUGGCUGCGGCUGCGGUGGCUGCGGUGGCUGUGGCGGCUGCGGGGGCUGCGGUGGCUGUGGCAACUGUUGCUGUACCACCUGUACCUGCCGCCGUGUAGGCUGCUGCUCUGGCUGCUGCCCCUGCUGCUGUGGCUGCUGUGGGGGCUGCUGCAGCCCUACAGUGGUCUGCUGCCGCCGCACCUGCUGCUGUGGUGGCUGUGGCUGUGGCUGUGGCUGUGGUUGUGGCAAGGGCUGUGGCUGUGGCAAGGGCUGCUGCCAACAGAAAUGCUGCUGCCAGCAGUGCUGCUGUAAGAAGCAAUGCUGCUGCUAGGUGGGAAAACUCUCCACCAAUCGGUAAGAUUUCACAGGGGUUUAGCAAUAGAGCAUUGGUCUGAGACUCAAAGAGAUGAAGUCCUAAACCUCACUCUGCCGAUGACUUAACUUAAGACCUCAUGCAUGUCACUUCAGACUCAGAGAAAAACCAAUCCUCAGAGGGAAAAGGGGCAUGAGAGGUCAGUAUGAUUUAAUUUACCUCGUUUCCUUCAUUUCACAAAAUAAGAAGCUUAAAUAAGAUGGGCCCUGUGGUAAUUGUCAGCUCUGAGGUCUGACUGCUAUUAUUCACUCCUACUCUUUUCUGGCCUGAAUAGAAUUGAGGCAUCCAUGAACAUAUAUGAUCCUUUGAGUUAUUUGCACUUAAUGCCCCUUCUCAAAGGCACUGUUGCAACUGAGAUCUGUCUCCCUAAGAGGCUUGUCUCUCAAUACAAUUGGUCUCAGACAAUGAGAAAAGGACACAGCCCAGCUAUUGGAGAAUAGUCAACCCUAUGAGCCAAGCAAAGUGGAAUCAUGAUUUUUUAAAAAUUUUCUUUCUUAGUGAUUUUCAUCUUCUUCUGUCUUUUCUACCUUUUAUCUUGUUCUUUCUAUAUGUGUUUUGUAUUAUUUUACUACUCUGCUGCUUUGGAUUCUUUCUAAAUCUUUACUAAUUUUUCUCAAUAAAAUCC